AUGAAUUCUUUAUACACAGUAAAAUCGGCAGUGUUAAUUAGGCAGUGUUACUCUACAUUUACUCUUAAGGAGUUAACUUAACAACAAAUAGUGAAAGAUACCCUCUAGUGUUGGUGAAAAUUAUCAGAGUUAAUUCUGCCUCGUUAACUUUACUCUGUUAAGCUCCGCCCCUCAAGCUAACGUCAAGGAUUUGAACAGAAGUUUCUGGUCGUCGUCGCAACCGCCAUUUUCUUUCACCUCGCACCAAAAGGUCACCUAAGGUUAGGCCUACAGAACAUGCUGCUUAAGGUGAAACUUGGGGAUGCUCAGAAAUUUGUUAAAAUAACCGAGCUGAACCUGAAGGAGUUUUUGUCUGCUGCUUUUUUAAAGUUCGGUGUCCCAACUGUACCCGAGAAUGUGAUGGUUGUUGAUGAAUCAGGGACGGAGGUGGAUGAUGAUGUUUUUGAGGAUGUAGUUAAAGAUCCAUCAGUUGGAGUUCUCACCAUAAAACAUGGUGCAGACUUGGAACCUGCCUCUCCACAUGCCUCUCCACCAGCCUCUCCUGUGCAGUUAAAUCGGUCCCUGUCUUCAUCUAUUGACUCCACUGAUUCACAGGACACAGUGAUUAUUGAAGAAAGCUCUUCAAGUAAAAGAAUGAGGCUAGAUCAAGAAGCUAAAAAGUUGGUAGAAUCCAUUCUUGUCCAGAAACCUGGUGGGGAGCAUGUAAUAAAUGAAUACAACCGAACUAAAACUUUGGGGGAUGAAACGAGAAGGAAAAUGGUGAACAUCCUGGCAGCUGACAUGACAGAAAAGAAUGGUACAUCACCACCACGGCAGGUUAAAGAAAAAUACGCCAGAGGAAUUGUGGCUUUGUUCCCUUACCUCAGUGACCCCUUCUCCAAAAAUGGCUAUGAGCAUUACUAUGAUAGUGAGAGUGGCACUGGGUACUUGGCGUGGCGAAUCAAGACUAUACAGAGAGGCUUGGCUAAAGAACGACGAGCAUCAUUUGAAGGACAAGGAUCACCUUCUGAGGGGAUGUCUGGUGGACCAACUGUAAGACGGGAGUCAGAGUUUACUCCAGAGAUUGUCUUGAGUGAGGAUGAAUGCAAGGAAGCAAUUGCGUUUAUGAAACAUUCUGCUGAUGAGGACACAGUCAAGAAGAAGAUGGAA